CCCUCUUUCCCACACGUGUUUCCUUCUGUGAAGAAGAAGAAGAGUCUGGCUUGGAAAGAUAAGGAAGCAGGGUGGAGAAGCAGGCUGCAUCUUUGUAGAAAAAAAUCAGGAAACCAAAAACAAAAAGAUCAAAGAGAUUCCUGGAAAAAAGGGAACCGAAGCUCAAUGAAAACAUCAAGAAUGCCAUUCUUGUUAAGGGAGGGAAUGCUAACAGCACUGUAUCACAAGCACUUAAAGAUAUUUAUGCCCUAAAGAAGCCGUAUGCCGUCCUAUACAAAAAGAAAAAUAUGACCAGACCAUUUGAAGAUCAGACAUCUUUGGAGUUCUUCUCUAAGAAGUCAGACUGUUCCUUGUUUUUGUUUGGUUCCCAUAACAAGAAGCGUCCUAACAACCUGAUUUUUGGCCGCAUGUACGAUUUUCAUGUUCUUGAUAUGAUUGAGCUGGGUGUGGAAAAGCAUGUUUCUUUAAAGGAUAUUAAGAACUGCAAGUGCCCUGAAGGAACAAAACCUAUGCUGAUAUUUGCUGGAGACAUGUUUGUAUUGAAUGAAGAUUAUAAACGUUUAAAAAGCCUCUUGAUUGAUUUCUUCAGAGGACCGACUGUCUCUGGUAUUCGCCUUGCUGGUUUGGAGCACGUCUUACAUUUUACAGCAGUGGAGGGAAAGGUCUUAUUGCGUAGCUACAAGGUAUUAAUGAAGAAAUCUGGAUGUAGGACACCAAGAAUUGAGCUUGAAGACAUGGGUCCUUCCUUUGAUUUUGUUGUAAGAAGAACUCACCUGGCUUCAGAUGACCUUUAUAAACUGGCCAUGAAACGUCCUAAAGCUCUUAAGGCAAAGAAAAAGAAGAAUAUCUCUCAUGAUACUUUUGGCACAAAAUAUGGCCGUAUCCAUAUGCAAAAGCAGGACCUAAGUAAAUUGAGGACUCGCAAGGUUAAAGGACUAAAGAAGAGACGAGCAGAAAAGAUGGCAACAGAGGCUGAAGACAUAAAUGCAAAGAAGAUAAAGCAGAAUUAGUCAGAUGAGUGUUGGCACUCGUCAUUAUUAAUACCAGAUGCUUUUGCAAAGCAUUUAUAUAAAAAUAUGCUCUGUGACUGGACUCUUGUUGAUUGACUGUUCCCAGGUGACAUCUGGGUCAACUAUAAACAAAAAACAUGCAGCACAAUUCUGAGAAAAAAUUAUUUUAUGUGAUUCUCUGAUCCAUUUAAAACUUAUUUCUGGUUUGUCUUACUGGAUUUUGAGAACAUUCUAAUACCUCCAGAUGGUAAAGGAAUAUAUGCAAACAAUUUAUUAUACACAUUUCAAACACCUGUAUACAUGUACAUGAUUAUUAAAGGAAUGUGUCAUUUUGUCUUGAAAAUCACAUAAAGGUAAAUGAUGCACAGGCACGCUAUGUUUUAUAUAUAUUACUAUAGUUUACAAGUCAUAGGAAAACUUUACUGGCCCACUUAAUGUUCAAUUAAGGGGGGUGCCUAUUAUUGUAUAGUAUAAUAAUGUACUCUGUUAGCAUGUGUUCCACUGGAUAUUGACAGCUGUGCAUAUGGUUAUAUGGUAAAUCUUUAGUGUGUAAAUUAACACUUAGAUAUGUUUUGCAGCCUUCUGUAAAGAACCCCAUGUUGAUCAACUGAUAGAAAAAAUAAAGGUGUAAUCUAACUUUUA